UAAAUAAUUUGUUUAGGGUUUAGGGUUCUAGUCUUCAAAGUUAAAUCACACACAGAAGGUGAAAAGGAAGUGGCGCAGGAUCGAUUUGAAGGUUAGGAGCUAGCUAAUUGUAAUUUACUGAGAUAUUAUCCACAAUGUAUCUUCAGUUUUACAUAAAUGACAAUGGUGAUAAAGUUUACACUACCAAGAAGGAAACACCACUAGGUUUGGCCACACAAUCUGCUCACCCAGCACGCUUUUCACCGGAUGACAAAUACUCCCGGCAAAGAGUUCUUCUGAAGAAGCGUUUUGGUCUGUUGCCAACACAGCAGCCACCUCCCAAGUACUAAGAUAUAUGCAUAGCUAUUAUUUGUGCCAUCGCCUUUCACUCCCUGUUUGUUUUGCUCCUUGUUGACUUGGCGUGAAAGUUAUGUAUCUCAGAUAUUAUUUGCCACAUUUAAUGUUAAAUGAAUUAAGCUGUUGAACAUUUA